GGAGGACUCGGAGCGGCCCACGGGCAGUCUGGGGCCUGCUCCGGUCCGCCCGGUGGGUGAAGACAGGGGCCCGGUGCGGCCCGGCCCGAGAGCGAGCGGAGGGGAGGGGCCUGGUUGGCCCGGCCGGUGCGUGAGGACUGGGGCCCCGGCGCCGCCGCGAUGGCCCAGCAGCAGAUGACCAGCUCGCAGAAGGCCCUGAUGCUCGAGCUGAAAUCCCUGCAGGAGGAACCGGUGGAAGGCUUCCGGAUCACCCUGGUAGAUGAAUCCGACCUCUACAACUGGGAGGUGGCCAUCUUCGGACCCCCUAACACCCUCUACGAAGGCGGCUACUUCAAGGCACAUAUUAAAUUUCCUAUUGACUACCCAUAUUCACCACCUACCUUCAGAUUCUUGACCAAAAUGUGGCACCCCAACAUUUAUGAGAAUGGAGAUGUAUGCAUUUCAAUUCUUCAUCCGCCUGUAGAUGACCCACAGAGUGGAGAACUCCCUUCUGAAAGGUGGAAUCCUACUCAGAAUGUCAGGACUAUCCUGUUAAGUGUAAUCUCACUGCUUAAUGAGCCCAACACCUUCUCCCCAGCCAAUGUGGAUGCUUCAGUUAUGUUCAGGAAAUGGAGGGACAGUAAAGGAAAAGACAAAGAGUAUGCUGAAAUCAUUAGGAAACAGGUUUCAGCCACUAAGGCCGAAGCAGAAAAGGAUGGCGUGAAGGUCCCCACAACCCUGGCAGAAUAUUGCAUCAAAACUAAAGUGCCUUCCAAUGACAACAGUUCAGAUUUGCUCUAUGACGACUUGUACGACGAUGACAUUGAUGAUGAAGACGAGGAGGAGGAAGAUGCCGACUGUUAUGAUGAUGAUGAUUCCGGGAAUGAGGAAUCGUGACGCGCUCCUUUGAUGUCCCUGUACUGCCCUGCCAUCUCAGGCCAAAGGGAGGGAGCAAGUGGGGACCUAGCAGUGGCCCCUCAGCAAAAACCUAUUCACAGGGGGUGGGGAACAAACACGGCUCCUGCUGACUCCCCUUACGGAUCUCAGUUUGCUCCUUUCUAUGGACCUCUUCACGGAGGGAACGUAACCGCAGAAUGUCUGAAUGCCUGCAUUCUUUACCCUUCCAUCACUGUAGUGAUUUUUUUUUUUUUUAAACCAACCAAUCCAGCUCCCGUCUCACUUCGUCUCUACAAAGUGUUCACAGCAAAACACGUUUGGUCUGUUUUUAGAUUCUUGAAGAAUUAAAUAGUCUUUCAUCAAGACGUGUAAUGUAUUUAAAGCUGGCAACCCAUUGGUAGUUUACAAGUGCUGCAUAUACUGGGUAGCAAAAGAAAAUGGAAAAAAAAAAAAAAAAAAAA